UUCACCAUAUAUAUCUCCACCUCAGCCAAGCACACUCCAUUAUUUCCCAUUUACUCUCCAAAACCCCAGGCCACAUACAUAUACAUAUACAUACAUGCAUUGAGAAUGGGCUGGAGCACGAAGCUGAAGCUGCCUAACCCGGGCCUGGACGAGCGCAUCCUGAGCCAUGCCCAGCUGGAGAAGCUGGAGGUGGAGGAGGCUGGAGAAAGGCCCAAAUGGGACAACAAAGCCCAGUACAUGCUGACCUGUGUGGGCUUCUGUGUAGGACUGGGGAACGUCUGGAGAUUCCCGUACCUGUGCCAGAGCCACGGCGGUGGAGCGUUUAUGAUCCCGUUCCUGAUCCUGCUGGUGCUGGAGGGAAUCCCUCUGCUUCACCUGGAGUUCGCGAUCGGUCAGCGGCUGAGGAAAGGCAGCAUGGACGUGUGGAGAACCAUUAACCCCUACAUGCUGGGAGUAGGCAUUGCGUCCAUGUGUGUGUCCCUGUUGGUCAGUCUCUACUACAACACUAUCAUCGCCUGGGUCCUGUGGUACUUCUUCAACUCGUUCCAGGAGCCUCUACCCUGGAGUCAGUGCCCCGUCAAUGCAAACAGAACAGGUUUUGAGUCGGAGUGUGAGAGAAGCUCUCCGGUGGAUUAUUUCUGGUACAGGAAGACCCUGAACAUCACCACAGACAUCGACCAAACUGGAGGCCUGCAGUGGUGGAUGGUGCUGUGUCUGAUUUCAGCCUGGGCUGUGCUCUAUGUCUGCUGCAUCCGUGGAAUAGAGACCACCGGAAAGGCCGUGUAUGUGACCUCUACCCUACCUUACUUGGUUCUCACUAUCUUCCUCAUCAGAGGCCUCACCCUCAAAGGCUCCGUCAGUGGGAUCAUAUUUCUCUUCACGCCAGAUCUGAAUGAGCUAGCGAACCCAGCCACCUGGCUGGACGCAGGAGCUCAGGUGUUUUAUUCCUUCUCUCUGGCGUUUGGUGGCCUCAUCUCCUUCUCCAGCUACAACUCCAUCCAUAAUAACUGUGAGCAGGACGCUGUGAUCAUCUCCAUCAUCAACGCCUUCACAUCAAUCUUCGCCGCCACCGUCAUCUACACCAUCAUCGGCUUCAGAGCCACACAGAGAUUUGACGACUGUCUGGGCAGAAACAUCCUGGCUCUGCUGAACAACUUUGAUCUGCCGGAGGGAAACAUCACCGAGAGUAACUAUAAUUUGGCUCUGGAGAACCUUAAUGCCACUUAUCCAGACAUCAUCAGCGGCCUGAACCUACAGACAUGUGACCUGAACACCUUCCUCACUGAGGGUGUGGAGGGUACAGGCCUGGCCUUCAUCGUCUUCACUGAGGCCAUCACUAAGAUGCCCCUGGCUCCACUGUGGUCCGUCCUGUUCUUUGUCAUGCUCUUCUGCCUCGGCUUGUCCUCCAUGUUUGGAAACAUUGAAGGAGUGCUGGUUCCCCUGCAGGACCUAAAGGUCUUCCCCAAGAGCUGGACCAAAGAAGCCAUCUCAGGGAUCACCUGUCUGCUGUGUUGCUGUAUGGGGCUGAUAUUUGUUCAGGGAUCAGGAAACUACUGGCUGGCGCUCUUCGACAGCUUCGCUGGCUCCAUCCCUCUCCUCAUCACAGGCUUCUGUGAGAUGGUUGGAGUGGUGUAUGUUUAUGGUAUGGACAGGUUCAAUGAAGACCUGGUCUUCAUGAUUGGCCACAAACCCAACAUCUUCUGGCAGGCCACCUGGAGGGUCAUCAGCCCCCUCAUCAUGCUGGUCAUCUUCCUCUUCUACUUCGUCACCACCAUCUCCAAGGAGCUCUUCUAUAUCGCCUGGGACCCUGAAUCGGUGAAAUUUCCGACUCUGGAGCAGAAGCCCUAUCCGGCCUGGAUCUACGUAAUAAUCUUCAUCCUGGCUGGAAUCCCGAGUCUCGCUGUUCCUGGUGCCGCUAUUUUCAGAGCUAUACGAAAGCGCUGCUGUAAAACCUGAAGCCAGUGUUUGUUUCUUCUUAGCUGUGACUGAACUUUGGAGGUCCAGACGUGCAAAUGUGCAGUGAUAUUGUUUAUUUAGUGUUAUUUCCUUUAUUUCAGCAAUAUGUCGGCUGGUAUUGGUUUUCUCUGUAGACGUAUUUGAUUAUCCUCAGUUUCCUUCAGCCACAGUUUACCGGGAAAGGAACAAUAUCAGUCUGCUAGUGUUGCCUGUGUUGUAUUCACAGGCACUAAAACAGCCCAAAAGUUGGUGAGGAAAGCAAUUCGGCCCACUGUAUUAAAAAUGAAUUAUUCAUAUAAACAGUGCAGCUACUACAGAUGUAGAAAAUAUACAAAUAAAACAUGAUAAUGCAAUUU